GGACACAUUUUACCACUUUGGAAGUGUCCACUCUCGCGCAAACUAUUCAUUUUAGAAAAAAAUGAUAUUAGAAACCUCAAUAUCAUUUUUGAAGACCUAUCCAUAGAUACCCCACACAUAUAUGGGUUAUGGGUUUGAUGAAAAAAGAUUUUUUGAGUUUCAGUUCUAAGUAUGGGGAACCCCCAAAAUUUAUUGUUUUUUUUUUUCUAUUUUUGUGUGAACAUCUUAAUGCGGUUCAUAGAAUACAUCCACUUACUAAGUUUGAACAGUAUAGCUCUUAUAGUUUUGGAAAAAAGGCUGUGACAUAAUGGGACAGACAGACGGACAUGACGAAUCUAUAAGGGUUCCGUUUUUUGCCAUUUGGCUACGGAACCCUAAAAAAGACUCGAUAAAGGACACGACUCGGGACUUAAAAGUAUCGGAAGUUUUUUUUUAGCGCAGCGCAUUCGCGUAAAGGCAAAAACGAGUCAAGUUCUUCAAAUAUAGACUCGAGUUACUGCCAACACUAGUACCCUAGUUAUUGUGUACGAAUAUUUACGAUCCAAUAAUAUAAAGUAGCCAGUUUAUUAUAGAAACCAUGAUAAAAUGCUGAUUGUGAAAUAAGAACGGCUGAAAGCUAUUGUGGUGGAUUGUGGAGAGGUAUUGUGCACGUGUAGUCAAAAUGUAUCACUUCCAUUUAUAUAUAUUUUGUAUCAUAGCUGCUAUUAUUAAUACGGUGGACAAUAAGAGAUACGACAUUGAAGAAGAAUCUAAAAAUGAGUUUGGCCUCGAUUUUCAAAGCGUCUUGCGACAAUUUCGAAGAUCGGACGAUUACGUCAAAAUAUUAAAAAUGAGGACAAAUGAAUUUAAUGUGUUUUUUGCGGAUGUAAUAUACCACAGCUUAGAUUGGCAUUAUCAUAAAAUGAAAGCGGAGAUAGAAGCUACGUAUGGCCUCAACCAAACAACAAGCCCGCCAGUAACCAUGACAACAACCACUCGACAAUCACAAGCAUCCACCGUUUGCAUCCCUGGGGGUUCCACACAAAAAACCUGUCCACCACCGGGAAGCUCUGCCACAGUUCCGGCCAGCCGCCAAUUGUUGUACGCAGCUAAAGCGAAAGCCCGUAUGCUGCAAUCAAAAUUAAAUGCGCGCCGUCAAGCUGGAGCCAAGGAGUUCGAGAGGUCGAUGCAGAACAUUAAGCAUAUCGAUGAACACCCCAAGCUGAGUUCCCACCUGUCGGUGGCGGAGAGGAACCACUUUAAGCAACUCGCAUUCGAAUACGCUGGAGAAACUAUUCACUCUGCAAUUAGAGCAUUUGGAGGGGAACUGUCGGAUGGACAUGGUAGCACUCAAUUGAACUUCGUAGGAAUAACCUCCACACCACACGCGUUGAGACACGUAGUUGGCUCUAAGAAAACGCUAGAAGUCACAAAAGACGACUCAGGAAAAUCGCACAAAGUCAGUAAAAGAUAUCUUUUAGUAUCGAAAGUAUAUCCAUCAAUUUUCAGGGAUUGAUAGAACCUCCGUUUUCGAAACUAAUUGUAUAAUGAUAUCUGAAAAGGUGAUUUUAUAUACGGGUGUUUUUCAAUUCCUUGUUAAUUUUUUGCAACUUCGAUGUUUGUUUCAUAGUAAAAGAUGUGUUCUAAAUAUUAUCUUUAUAUACCUCUCAUAACGUGGCUAAGGAUUGGAAAACACUCUAUAUAAAUAUAGGAAAAUUGUUACUGUAGUAAGGAUUACUCUCCGCAGCCGAAAACAACGUAGUUAUCUCAGUCGGCUUAUUUAUUAGAAUACUAACUAAAAGAAAUAUAAUUUUUUUUUUUCGCGAAAUCGCGUAAGGAUUGGUCCCAUAGUAAAAGUUGCUCAAUAUGACCUAUAUUAUUAAGCCUAUUGCAGGUGACUAAAAUAAACACCCUGUAUCUAAGGACUGGCCUUACGGGCUAUAAGAAUGGGCCCAGUACAGCUGUGUCACGCACACGAAUUCGAGCCAACAGCGUAGUUUAACGCCACAACGCGAUUGGUCGCGCCUAGUUGAGUUAGACUGCACGACUGGCUCGAAUUCGUGCCCGUAUGGCUCGUAGUUAGAUAUAUGUAUAUCAAUGACUCCUAACAAUCCUAACAUUUAACACCAUUCGAUCAUUUGCAUCUCGGAGGUCAUGAUUCUAAAUCGACACAUCGUUAGCGCGUUCUAUAUCGGAGGUGGCGCCAUCUCUUGACAAAUUUGUGUACUACAUUACUAAAUUAUUAGGAUUAAAAUUUCUGAAGCCUAGGGGAGAGUCGUUAUGUCGUUAUUGAUACUUUUUAAAUGCUAAUCGAAAAUUAAAAAUGUAAUGGGAUUACAUGCGAACGAAAUUCAUGUUAACUACUUUAUUUAUGUUUCAAUUAACAUUGACAUAUAUAUCUAAGGAUGGGCCUUACGGGUAUUAAGGAUGGUGCUAGUUCAGCGGUGCCACUGACGAAUUCGAGCCAAUCGUGCAGUCUAACGCAACUAGUUUCGAUUCCACCAAUCGCGCGAGUGAUGCGAACUCGUGAACUAAUCGCGUUGUGGCGUUAGACUGUAUGAUUGGCUCGAAUUCGUGUGCGAGACACCGCUGCACUGCCCGCGUAGCCAACGUGCCAAUUGAUAACGCUCCGUAGCGAACGAAACGCAACUGUCACUGUCGCACUAAUAUGGAAUAGUGAUAAAGAGAGAUGACUACGAUACGUUACGGAGCGUUAACGAUUGGCACGUUGGCUAUUACGCGGCCUGGCCCCAUUCUUAUUGCCCAGGCCCGUCCUUAUAUAGAUAUAUAUGUCAAUAUUUAUAAACGAUUACGCGAACGGAAAGCGGAUGAUGGCUUCUACAUACAAAGUUGUAUAAAAAAUUAAUAAGAAUAAGCAUAAGAUUUUUUUAGAAGUUUAUGUUGUUAGCAAAUGUUUACUUAUUGUCCAUUUUAACAUGGCAAACGAUGGACCAAACACUGUAUAGUAAAAAAAUAAAUUAUUAUUCCUA